GAUUGCUCGAUCGAGCUGCUGCGGGCGGAGGAGGAGCGCUGCCGCAGACUGCGAUAAGUAACAUUACUGUAUCGCACACCAUGCCUCCCACACACGCCCAUGCUUCCUUUCCGCAUCGUCGCGGCCCUCCUCCCGGGCGUCGCGCUCGCUGCCCAGCAACCUUUCGUGCAGCCUGCACAUGAUCUAGAAAUACCAUCGGACAACUCGAGCGCCCCAUUCAUCUUCAACGCGCUAUCUGGACUUCUCCAGCAAUGGCCCAACACCUACCACUGGAACGGGCACACGAUCGUCCCGGGGACACUGGAGCCCUUCACUCUCCUCUACCAUGCACGCAGGGAUCCUGACAUCCCAGAUGCGGAGGAAUGGUUCGCCUUCGAUCCCGAGAUGAGCUACGGGAUCAUGGGCGGGCGCGGCCUCACCUUCAUGCUCACGUACCAGACCCUCCGACCGGUCAAGGUCAUCUACUUCGACGGUAUGAGUGCAUCUCUGAGCGAUUCCGGGUGGCUGGAUAGCCAGGAAGUCAUUCUCAGCGGGAAGGGGAAGGGCGAUAACACCCCCAUGGAGGGCGGGGGCGUCUUCGGUGAAGACAGACGUCUCAGGGGACUCUGCAAAUGGGCACGGAAGUUCAACGUGGAAGGGAUCGUGCGCAUGAACGCCGGCUUCGAACUGAUGUGGUGCGACUUUCAGUCGCCCUCCAUCCAGCUCGUCAGUUACCUAAACGUUACCGCCCCAGGGACACCGUACUGGAACGGCUCAGGCUUUCCGUGGCCAGGGGGCCCCGGUCGCGGACCCGGUCGUCCGCCCGAAGACCGUCCCGAUCACUUUGCUCCUUCCGCAGACCCCGACGACCCGCCCAACAAAGACCCACCACAGCCGCCCCGCCGCGGACCCGGCCGCGACCCGCACGGCGGGCCCUUCUCCGGGCCUCCCUCUCCCUUCGCGUCCACCUCUUUCCCGGAAUGGCUGCGCGCCGCGACCGUGCGCAACCUCUCCCCGCAGCCACACGUCGCGCUCGACCUCGGCUCGUUCGUGACGUUCUACAACCCGCGCUACGAGAGCCUCGCGCAUGCGCGUGCGUCGCAGAAAGGCAUGCGCGAGCACCGCGCGUGGCUGAACAUCUCCGACGAGGACGCAGCGGCGGUCGUGCGGGAGGUGGAGGACGUGCUGAGCCGGCCGGCCGGGGAGGGAAGCGGCAUGAACUGGAACACACUCGCGAGAGACGUGGUCGAGGAGUGGGCGGGGCGGACGAUGCAGCUCAGGGCGUUCCUCGGCAAUGCGAGCGCGGACGCGAGCGUGAAUGCUACGGAGACGAUCCUCGCCGUGCGCCGCCUUGCGUACUCGCCGCUCAAUCCGUACAUGGACACCACAUCUGCGCCGGAUUCAACUGCGUGGACGUCGUUCUUCGAGGCGAGCCCGAUGUCGGCUGGAUGGUCUGUACCGUUCGUGACGCUGGGGACGAACACCUCGGCGCUCGAGCGAUGUAAGUACGCUGCUACAACCGUUACGCAUCGUUCAGGCGUGCGCCUGACCCCGCAGGAAGAGCUCCUGCGCGUGAGCGUGGAGACCGUGCUGAGCCGGCUCUGUUCUGACUACGGCAGUAUGUUUGUAGAGAGCAUGGAGGCCGACGAACAUGCUCCCAUCGACUCAAUUAAAGCGCUGAUCGCGGGCUGGGAGGACCGCGUCGUCGCCCUCAUGGAGUGGCUCGACUGGACCGAAUGGCUGCGAUGCGACCAAGUCUGCGCUUCCGACAGCGUCUGCAGCAUGCCUCUCUGGCCUGUCUCCAUGUGGAUGGGCCUCGGCGGGGGCAUGCCCCGCAGACCUGGAGGCGGCCGAGACGACAGCGACAACCCGGAGGUGUGGAAGCCCAGAUGCGUACCGCUCCGUGUUCAGCAAUUCGGUUGGCCGCCUCGGAGGAACGCUGACCUCGAGCUGCUCCUCGCGGCCAGGCAUGUACUGUGAUCCACGAACCUUCUGCUGUUCCUAUGUAACGUCUAUCUAGAGUGUACUG